CACGGCUCCUCUACAGAUACAGGUUUCUCCAAUCCAGGAUCCUCUGCUGAUAUCUUCUAUAUAAGAGAAUUCUCUUGGAUGACCCAUCAACCAUGGAGAGAGACAGGAACAAGAUGGCCGACAGGAUCAUAAACCUCACCAUACAGAUACUCUUCCGGCUUACUGGAGAGGAUUACACAGUAGUGAAGAAGUCCUCUAGUGGGCGCUGUCGGGCCCCUGUGUGUGAAGGAUGGGGAAGAACCCUGAGUCCAAUCCUGGGGCCCCCACCUCACUCCCUGAUACAUGAGGAAAUGGAUGAACAGAAGAUCCUAGAACUGAUCAACAAGAUGAUGGAGCUGCUGACUGCAGAGGUUCCUAUAAGGUGUCAGGACGUGGCGGUCUAUUUCUCCAUGGAGGAGUGGGAGUAUGUAGAAGGACACAAGGAUCAGUACAAGGAUCAGGUCAUGAUGGAGGAUCAGCAGCCCCUCACAUCACCAGUCAGAUCCAGUAAGAGAACAGCACCAGAGAGGUGUCCCCGUCCUCUUCUUCCACAGGAUGAUCAGGGAGAAGAUCGGAACAAUAUUAAUGCUCCAGAGACAGAUGUGAACGGUGAUAAGCAGUAUAAGGAGAACAUUCCUACAGAGAAAGAUCUGAUCUAUAUUAAUGCUACAGACAUAAAGAAAGAAGAAGAAGAAACAUAUGUGAGCGAUGAGGAGCAGUAUAAGGAGGACAUUCCUACAGAGAAAGAUCUGAUCUAUAUUAAUGCUACAGACAUAAAGGAGGAAGAAGAGACAGAUGUGAGCGGUGAUGAGCAGUAUAUGGAGGACAUUCCUACAAGGAAAAAUCUGAUCUAUAGUAAUACUACAGACUUAAGGGAAAAAGAAGAAGAGACAGAUAUGAGCAGUGAUGAGCAGUAUAAGGAGGACAUUCCUACAGGUAAUCACCCAGAUUCUUGUACCAGGAGAUCAGAGGAGAAUCUUAUAUCUUCAGAUUAUAAAGCAGAUGAUGAUAUCACACAAGAUACAUAUGAAGAACAUUCCAUUAUCCCAGAUACACCCUCAGCCCUUCACAGCCAAGAUCUGUCAUCUCAUCCUUAUAUACAGGUCCUGUCUUCUCAGUCAUCACAGGAUGUUCAGCAAAAUAAAGGUCACAGAAGGAAUGAUGGACAUCAAAGAGAUCACACAGGAGAGAAACCAUAUUCAUGCUCAGAAUGUGGGAAAUGUUUUACUGGGAAAUCAAGUCUUGUUAGACAUAAAAGAACUCACACAGGAGAGAAACCAUUUUCAUGCUCAGAAUGUGGGAAAUGUUUUACUCAGAAAUCGCAGCUUGUUCAACAUAAAAGAACUCACACAAGAGAGAAGCCAUUUUCAUGCUCAGAAUGUGGGAAAUGUUUUACUAAGAAAUCACAGCUUGUUCAACAUAAAAGAACUCACACAGGGGAGAAGCCAUAUUCAUGUUCAGAAUGUGGAAAAUGUUUUCCUGGGAAAAAAAAUCUUGUUCAACAUAAAAGAACUCACACAGGGGAGAAGUCAUAUUCAUGUUCAGAAUGUGGAAAAUGUUUUCCUGGGAAAACAAAUCUUGUUCAACAUCAAAGAACUCACACAGGAGAGAAGCCAUUUUCAUGCUCAGAAUGUGGAAAAUGUUUUACUCAGCAAACAAGUCUUCUUAGACAUCAAAUAACUCACACGGGGGAGAACUCAUUUUCAUGCUCAGAAUGUGGAAAAUGUUUUCCUGGGAAAACAUAUCUUGUUCAACAUCAGAGAACUCACACAGGGGAGAAGCCAUUUUCAUGUUCAGAAUGUGAGAAAUGUUUUACUAUUAAAGCAAAUCUUGCUGUACAUCAAAGAACUCACACAGGGGAGAAACCAUUUUCAUGUUCAGAAUGUAGAAAGUGUUUUACUGACACAUCAGGUCUUCUUAGACAUCAAAGAACUCACACAGGGGAGAAGCCAUUUUCGUGUUUAGAAUGUGGGAAAUGUUUUACUCGGAAAUCAGCUUUUCUUCAGCAUCAAAGAAUUCACACAGUAAAGAAGCCAAUUCAGAGCUGUAAAUGAUGCAGAUAACACAUCUAUAUAUUAACCCCUUAACAACGCAGGACAUAAAUGUACGUCCUGGUGAGGUGGUACUUAAUGCACCAGGACGUACAUUUACGUCCUAUACAUAACCGCAACGUAAAUGUAGGACGUUCAUGCGCGGCUGGUCCCGGCUGCUGAUAGCAGCCAGGGACCCGCCAGUAAUUGCCAACAUCCGCGAUUGCGCGGAUGUUCUCCAUUAACCCCUCAGAAUGCGGUCACUAAAAUGGAUGAUCGGAUUAUCCGCAGCGCUGCUGCGGCGAUCUGAUCAUUCAGAAUGGCAGACGAAGGUCCCCUGACCUGUCUCCACUGCCUUCCAUGGGUCUUCUGCUCUGGUCUGCGAUUGAGCAGACAAUACAAGAAGAUCACCGAUAACACUGAUCAGUGCAAUGCCCUAUGCAUAGCACUGAACAGUAUUAGCAAUCCUAUGAUUGCUAUGAAUAGUCCCCUAUGGGGACUAUUUAAAGUGUAAAAAUAAAAGUAAAAAAAGUAAAAAAAAAAAAUGUGAAAACCCCUCCCCCAAUAAAAAUGUAAGUUGUCCCAUUUUCCCUUUUUCACCCCCAAAAAGUAAAAUAGAUAAAUAAUUUAUAUACAUAUUUGGUAUCGCCGCGUGCGUAAAUAUCUGAACUAUUAAAAUAAAAUGUUAAUGAUACCAUACGGUGAACGUAAAAAAAAAAUAGUCAAAUUGCUGCUUUAUUUUAUAACAUUUUAUUUAAAAAAAAAUUAUAAAAAAGUAUUAAGUCUUAUAUAAGCAAAUAUGGUAUCAAUAAAAAGUUCAGAUCACGGUGCAAAAAAUUAGACCACAUACCGCCACUUAUACGGAAAAAUGAAAAAGUUAUAGGUCUUCAAAAUAGGCGGAUUUUAAACGUACUAAUUUGGUUAAGAAGUUUGCUGGUUUUUUUAAGCGCAACAGUAAUAGAAAAGUAUAUAACCAUGGGUAUCAUUUUAAUCGUAUUGACCCAAAGAAUAAAGAACACGUCAUUUUUACCGUAAAUUGUACAGCGUGAAAACGAAACCUUCCAAAAUUUGCAAAAUUGCUGUGUUCUUUUCAAUUUUCCCACACAAAUAGUAAUCUUUUGGUUGCGCCAUACAUUGUAUUGUAAAGUGAGUGAUGUCAUUACAACGGACAACUGAUCGCACAAAAAACAAGCCUCAUACUAGUCUGUGGAUGAAAAUAUAAGAGUUAUGAUUUUUUGAAGGCGAGGAGGAAAAAACGAAAACGUAAAAAUAAAAUUGUCUGAGUCCUUAAGGGGUUAACCAUGUACAUAGGAUAUCUGACAUUUAUACAUAUAUCAUAUACUGCAUCUCCAAACUUGUUCCCAAUUGGUAAUAAAAGUUUUCUUUCUUAUAUGAUUUAUUAUUCUUAUAUCCAUCUCCGCACACUGGACUUAUAAUAAAUGUAAUAUUGUCCCUGACGUUGUAUAUAGGGAAUGUAAC